AUAUCGAUACAUACGAAACGUCCCUGACGAGACUGCUUUUUUGAGAUUACAUGUAACAGUGAAGUGGUAACUACAACGUAUUACCGUAAUUUGGAAAGGUUUGUGUUGGAAUUUGCGAAUAAGAAAACCUUGUACUAGCUCAGUAUCUUUCUGAAUUACAUAUUCCAUCAAUCAAUAGUGCUGAUUUACCCCAAGAGAGAGACGAACUGUAUCGAUAAUAGAAGGUUCGACAACGCCAUCUCUUAACAUUUAAGUUAAAAGCUUGUUUUCAACUUGUGGAACGCGAAACGGAGGUUGCUCACACUAUCCAGUGUUAUUAAUACCCUCCCUCCGCACAUAUAACGAAGCGAAUUACAGUUGCACAUCAUACAUAUAGUAUAAGAACGAUUCUUUAUUGAUCACCAGGGUGGCAACACACGGUCAUUAAAUGACAAAUGUAGUAGUCAGCAUUUCUACUCUGAAGAUAGGAGCAGAAGAUUACUCCAAAACAUAAUUUAGAUUACCUGUUACACAGAUAAGCCACUGAACAAACUGAGUUAUCACUAUGACUUCAGAAAAUAUUUUCUUCUUUAUACCAAAUAUCAUAGGUUAUGGCAGGAUUGUACUGGCAAUUGUAUCAUUCUAUUAUAUGCCAACCAAUUAUGUAGUAUCCUGCUGGUGCUACAUCAUCAGUGGCUUGCUUGAUGCUUUUGAUGGUCAUGCAGCUCGUUACUUCAACCAAAGUACCAAGUUUGGUGCAAUGCUAGACCAGCUGACUGAUCGAUGCGGUACCAUGUGUCUUCUGGUCACACUGAGCUACUUUUAUCCACCCUACAUGUUCCUAUUUCAACUAAGCAUGACUAUAGACAUUGCCUGCCACUGGAUUUAUCUUCAUACGAGCUUAUUGCAGGGUAAAACAAGUCACAAGUUCAUUGAUCUGUCAGACAACCCCAUUAUGCGCAUCUAUUACACAUCAAGACCUGUACUUUUCUUCAUGUGUGCUGGCAAUGAAGCAUUCUAUGCAGCAUUGUACUUGCUGCAUUUCACUGAAGGCCCUGUAGUUGCUGGAAUAGGACUUUUCCGAGCUGUGUGCUACGUUUCUGCUCCAGUGGCCAUUGUCAAAUCACUUAUCUCUCUUCUGCAUGGGUAUGUUGCCUGCAGAAACCUUGGAAUCGUGGAUGCAAAGGAACGUGAAGCACUGCGUUUCAAAAAUCAGUAGAAACCUCUUAUUUAGUUAUAAGGAGAAAGCUGCUAUGGAAUUCAAUUCAAAUGCUGGAGAGAAACUGAGGGAAGCUUAUUUGUAUGUCUGUACUUCUCUAGUUCAGUAUAAUCAUAGCUUAGUACUACCCUCAAAUUAAUAAUACAGUAAUAUUAAUGAAGUCUCAUAUGAAGAGCAUGUUUGUGAUAAAAUCCUUAUUUGAUAUACUUCUUGAUGAACAUUGUGAUUUGUUUUGUAACUAUAGAUAUCUUUACAUGGUUAUUUCAUUAAGCUGUAACAACUUCUGAAACCAUGCAGCCUCAACAUUUAUGUGUAGGGAUGUGAUACAUAAUACAGGAAGUUUCAUUAUAACUAUAUGUGUUACAUUGCACAGUCUAUUAGGAGUUUUCAUCCACACUAAAAAAAUUUCAGGAAAAUAACUUCCCUUUCCUGAUUAUAACAGCUGCUGAAAAUGGUGUCUUCCAACAUCCAUUUACAUGUAUUUUAAAAAAUGAUGUACAUUCCAGUGAACACACCAUAAUAUAAGUCACUAUAUUAUAACUGAACUAUUUAUAUAACUGUAAAUAUGUUUAUUGUAUAAUAAAUAAGUUAACUAUAUAUAAAGCUUCUGUUACAAAUGUUUGUAGUUCAUUUGUUAGUUUAUGUAUCACCAUGAUUGGCCACGUUCUAUGUAACUAAAUAACUGACACAUUUUGUGUCCUCCAAAUAUUUUUAUCAUUUUUUGUUUUAUGUCACUUUCAUGCAAAAGUAUAAUUGAAAUCUCAGCAAUAUUUAUUUUUACUGAUUCCCUGGCUAAAGCACGGGAAAUAAAGUAAUAAUGAAAAUGUUUUCUGAGCUAAAGAUCUGUGAUGUCAUAUUAAUGUCAGAAUCUAUGUAUGUUGGUAGUAUUUUAACAAGGAGAAGCCUUAAAUCAAGGAUAAUUAAUGGAAACUUCAGUGUAACCCAUAAUCAGUAUCUAUACAUGAUUAUUACUGAUUUAUGAAGUUUACAAUGAUGUUUAAUAAAACUGUAUUUAUGUGGUGAUAUCUUCUUUCUUCGCUGAUCACCCAUGUGAAACUGGAGUAAGUAUCCAGUGAUUUGGAGACUGCCUUUACCUCCAUCAUCUGGGUUGGUGUGAUGAGUAACACAACACCCACAAGCUAGCUCCAGCAGCCCAGUGAUCCAGUGUCUAAUAGUGCACCAAAAUGCGGACAGUAGGCAUAUUGUCAUUCAUCACAUCAAUCCUGAUGAAAAACAUAGAGACAGUCUCUGAAAUAUUGGAUGUUUACACCAUUCUCAUGUGGCUGACUGCCUCAAAAGACUUCACUACUUGCAGUCACCAUGAAAGAUUCAAAUCUUACAUAUUCAUUUAGCUUCAAUGUACUAAAUAUACUUACUGUUUUAAAUCACAUGACAUAUGUAUGUUAAUGUAUAUGCUUUAGGAAACCAAAGAGUCAUGAAUUAACUGUUAAGGAGAGAAAAGUAUCUUACUUGAUCAUGUUUAUUAUAGUGGAAAAGUAUGUAGCUUGCUUUAUCAUGUUUUAUUAUAGUAAAAUAUUUAUAAGUGUUGUAACUGUUUAAAUAUGUAGUACUUGAUAUACCUGCAUAUCUUGUGCACCAUGAAAACAAAUACAUAUAUAAACAUUAUAUUAACAGGU